AUAUUCUAUUAGGAACAACUAGUUAUUAAGAAAUUUUUUCCAUUUUUAAACUAGAAAGCCAGCUGUGAUCCAAUUUCAUAAGGAGAAAAGAUGGUAGCAGAGGAACCCAGACAAGUACCUAAGCUAGCGUAGAGUUGAAGCAAAUAACCAAAAAUUUCCCCAUUUCCAUGCACAAGACUUGACCGUUUCAAAUUCCAACUAUCUUUCACCAGAUUUCUGCUACUGCAUCUGCUCCAACUAAGCAGAACAGUCGAGACCAGUGCUAAUUUGGUGGAUCUAACCGAAUCAUGGGCAAUUGCUUCUCCGUACAAUGUGGUUUAGACAGUUUCCUUCUUCGUGGCUUGGAUUUCAUUGUUGGCCAUGCUAAUUUUGUCUGGAAGCUUAAACAAACUCUUCCAACUUUAUCUGCUGCUCUUGAAGAACUGAAGGCGCGAAGAGUUGACGUGAAACGGAGGGUUGAUCUUGCAGAACGAAUACUAUUGAAACCAUUGGAGGAAGUUCAGCUAUGGCUUUCAAAAGCAGAAACUAUGAUAACAGAGGCGGAGGAAUUGGUUUCAAAUGGUCCUCAACAAAUGAAUAACUUAUGUCUCGGCGGCUGUGCUUCUAAGAGUUGCCUGUCUAGCUACAAGUUUGGGAAAAAAGUGAACAAAAUGCUUCAAGAAAUAAGUGAUCUUAAGUGGGAAGGAGUUUUUGAGAAAGUAGCAGAGGAUCCGCCUCCAGCUCCAGUGGUAGUAAGACCUGAAGAGCAGGCGGUUGCUCUAGAAUCCACAAUCCAAAAGGUAUGGAGUUGCAUUGUAGAAACAAAUGUGGGGAUCAUUGGUCUCUAUGGCUUGGGGGGCGUUGGCAAGACAACACUCUUGACCAAACUCAACAAUAAGUUCAGCACCACACCAAAUGAUUUUGAAGUUGUUAUCUGGGCGGUGGUAUCUAGUUACGAUGUUGAAAAGAUUCAAGAUAGGAUUGGUGAAAAUGUUGGUUUUCCACAAUCCUGGAAGAAUAAAAGUGUUGACCAGAAAGCUAUAGAUAUCUGUGGGAUGUUGAGUAACAAGAGAUUUGUUGUAUUAUUGGAUGAUUUAUGGAAGAAGGUGGAUUUGAGCCUAGUUGGGAUACCAGAACCAAGCCAAACAAAGAGUUCCAAACUUAUUUUUACUACUCGAUCUUGGGACGUAUGUUGCUACAUGGAAGCUAAAACGAAAAUCAAAGUGGAGUGCCUGGAACCAGAGAAGGCUUGGGAAUUGUUCCAAGACAAGGUUGGAGAUGAAGCUCUCAACAGCCAUCCAGAUAUUCCAAACUUAGCUAAACAAGUAGCUGAAAGGUGUGGUGGGCUGCCUCUUGCACUAAUUACAAUCGGUCGUGCCAUGGCUUGCAAGACAACACUUGGGGAAUGGAAUUAUGCAAUUGAGAUGUUGAAGCGAUGUGCAUUGCCACAAAUGGAAGAUGAUGUGUUUUCACUUUUAAAAUUCAGUUAUGAUAAUUUGCCUAAUGCCACAAUGAGAAGUUGCUUCCUAUAUUGUUGUCUGCAUCCUGAAGAUUAUUGUAUUCCCAGAAAGAGAUUAGUAGAAUAUUGGUUCUGUGAAGGGCUAUUGAUUGAAUUUGAUAGAAUUAGUGAAGCUCAAAUGCAAAGUGACCACAUUAUCAACUCUCUUCUGAAUGCUUGUUUAUUGGAACAUGGUGGUGAAAUACAUGGAGAAGAAUGUGUAAAGAUGCAUGAUGUGAUCCGUGACAUGGCUUUAUGGAUUACACGCAGUUCUGAAGCAACAGAGAAUCACUUUUUUGUAAAAGCAGGGGCUCAGUUAUAUGAAGAACCAGAUGUUAAGGCAUGGGAAAGUGUACAAAGAAUGUCAGUGAUGACAAAUAAGAUUGAAGUUCUCAAAGAAACGCCCAAAUGCCCUAACCUUCGAACCUUGUUUCUUAGCCAAAAUGAGUUGCAAGUGAUCAGCGAUGGUUUCUUCCAAUUUAUGCCUCAUCUGACUGUUUUGGAUUUGUCAAGAAACCUUAGAUUACGGGUGCUGCCCGUGGGAAUUUCAGUAUUGGUUUGUCUAGAAUGUCUUGACCUAUCAUUUACUGGUAUAUCAGAGUUGCCAAAAGGGUUGAAAUCGUUGACAAAACUAAAAAUGUUGGACUUGAGUUACAUGGACAAUCUCAGAAAAAUCCCACAACAUUUGAUAUCUAGUUUUUCGCAGUUGCAAAUAUUCAGAAUGUGGUGGUCGGGAUGCGGAGAUUAUCCUAAUGAAGACAAUGUUUUGUAUGGUGGUAAUGAAAAGCUUAUAGGGGAGUUGAAAGGUUUGCAGCGUUUGAGUAUACUAAGGAUACAGAAAAGGCAUGUUGUGUCUAGAAUGGGAAAAUGAAGCCUCCUAAGAUGCUUUUUUUUUCCUUCUUUCAAGUCUCUUCCUGUAUGAAAUAUAGAAAAACGUAAAAAUUGCAAAGUGGUACAUUGUUGUGUGAUGUUUGAAUUUUGAGAAAAUAACUCUACUUAUUUAGUUGCAAUUUGCAAAUAUAUUUUAAAUUAUUUCA